AUAAUUGUUCGUUUUAUUCUAAUUUUUUUUCAAUAUCUUGUACAUUUAAUCAGAUCACUGUAUUUUAUUUUAUUAUAAAUAUGUCUUUUUAGGUACAGAAUAAAAAGAGAAAACGAGGAAGCAGCUUUGUGCACUUGAAUCAGUAUUGCCGUUAAAACACACACACACACACACACACACAGAGUUUCCGUGUAUCUGCGGCUCUUCCGCCUCCUCGUCAUUCCAGCAGUAAAGCAGGGCCUCUCUCUCUCUCUCUCUCUCUCUUUUUUGCUCUUCUCCACCAAAGCUCGCUUUUCCUUCCUCGCUUUUCAAACCGCUGUGUUCGUCUGCCGCUUUCCUCCAGCCUCUCUCUCCCCCCUCCCUACUUUCCUGCCCCUCUCUAUUUAUGAAAACGUCACUUCAAGUCCCUCCCUGUUUGAAUCUCAUUAGUUUCUUGUGUGUUUCUCCCUGUCAAUAAUCCCGAAUCCAGACUCUCUCUAUUUCCAUCCCUCUCUAGCUGUCAAUCAGCGCCGCCUUUGAACUGAAAACCACUCCGACCAACUUCAACUCACUCAAUCCGAGCGGCUCGGCUCCGUCUACGGCUUCUCUUUCUGCCAAGAUCCCCCCUUUUUUUUUUUUUUUUUUUUUAGUUUUGUACUAAUCGCCAGUCCUUGGGAAACACCAGGGCAGACCCUAAACUCCAAGUCGGAUUCGGGAUCAGAGAGAUCAAGGGUUUAAAACUUUGUGUUUUGGCCCCCCAACACUGCUCGGGAGAAAAUGCCGCAGCUGAACGGCGGUGGAGGGGACGAUCUGGGUGCGAACGAUGAAAUGAUUUCCUUCAAAGACGAAGGAGAACAGGAGGAGAAAAUUUCAGAGAACUCCUCUGCAGAAAGGGAUUUAGCAGAUGUCAAAUCUUCGCUCGUAAACGAGUCAGAAACGAAUCAAAACAGCUCUUCGGAUUCAGAGGCGGAAAGACGGCCUCCGCCUAGAGCCGAAACUUUCCGAGACAAAACAAGAGAAAGUUUAGAAGAGGCUGCGAAAAGGCAAGAUGGAGGGCUGUUCAAGAGCCCCCCGUACCCGGGCUAUCCAUUUAUAAUGAUCCCCGACCUGACCAGCCCCUACCUCUCCAACGGAUCCCUCUCACCGACGGCGCGCACAUAUCUACAGAUGAAAUGGCCACUGCUAGAUGUUCAAGCAGGAAGUCUUCAAAGUAGACAAGCACUUAAAGAUGCCAGGUCCCCUUCUCCAGCACACAUUGUUUCUAAUAAGGUCCCGGUGGUACAGCACCCUCACCAUGUGCACCCGCUUACGCCUCUGAUCACCUACAGCAAUGAACACUUCACGCCGGGGAACCCUCCUCCACACCUACAGACAGACGUGGACCCCAAAACAGGAAUCCCAAGGCCUCCACAUCCUUCAGAUAUAUCUCCGUACUACCCUCUGUCACCUGGCACUGUAGGCCAGAUCCCCCAUCCGCUAGGAUGGUUAGUACCACAGCAAGGUCAACCGGUUUACCCAAUCACAACGGGAGGUUUUAGACACCCCUACCCAACUGCCCUCACUGUCAACGCAUCCAUGUCAAGUCUUCUCUCCUCCAGAUUCCCUCCCCACAUGGUGCCCCCCCACCACAGUUUGCACACCACGGGCAUCCCGCACCCUGCCAUAGUCACGCCCAACGUCAAACAAGAGUCCUCUCACAGCGACAUCAGCACGCUCAACAGCUCGAAACAUCAGGACCAGAAAAAGGAGGAUGAAAAGAAGAAGCCGCACAUAAAGAAGCCUCUGAACGCAUUCAUGUUGUACAUGAAGGAGAUGAGGGCCAAAGUAGUGGCAGAAUGCACGCUGAAAGAGAGUGCAGCUAUCAAUCAAAUCCUGGGCCGAAGGUGGCAUGCCCUGUCUCGAGAGGAGCAGGCCAAAUACUACGAGUUGGCCAGGAAAGAACGACAGCUACACAUGCAGCUCUACCCCGGCUGGUCAGCACGAGACAACUAUGGGAAAAAGAAGAAGAGAAAAAGGGAAAAGCAGCAGGCAGAUGGCAAUGAACACAGAGAAUAUUUUCCAAAUCCUUGCCUUUCACUCCCUCCGAUUACAGACCUGAGUGCCCCUAAGAAGUGUCGCGCACGCUUUGGGCUCGAUCAGCAGAAUAACUGGUGUGGCCCCUGCAGGAGAAAAAAGAAGUGCAUUCGCUACAUUCAAGGUGAAGGCAGCUGUGUCAGUCCUCCCUCUUCGGAUGGAAGCUUACUAGAGUCGCCCCCAUCCUCCCCCUCCAUGGUCCCCAAUUCUCCGCCCUCGAAAGAGUCCAAACCACAGACUGAACAAAUGCAACCUCUUUCACUGACUAUGAAAUCGGGCCCCCUGGUCUCAUCCUCACACCACCAACACCACCACCUGUCCAUGGCACCGCCUCCGCCCUUAGCUCUGCUGGACAACUCAGGGGCAGGCAAAACCCACGGCCCCGCCCACAAUGGCUCCUUGGACCCUUCAGACGUGUCAUCGUCUCGCCCCUCAGGCUCCGCCCAGCCUGCAUCAGCGUGUAAUUCCCAUUCUCUGUUGCCCAGCUCUGCCCCAACGCAACCGCUUUCGCUCGUAACCAAGUCCAUAGACUAGGCUAAACUGGCUCCGAUUUACCAGCUUUCAACUCCUCCCUUCUGUCUGCUGACACUUAAGUUCUUUUCCUCUAUUUGUUUUUUCUUUUUCUUUUCAUUUUUUCUGUCACAUAUGGCUUUUGAAAUUAGUUAAUUCUUUUAUCAAAGUUCAUUGGUCAAUAUUUGACCUGUCAUUAUCUAAAAUAAAUGGAACUAUUAUAAUAAUAAUAUUGACGAUAAAGUAAAAUGAGUUGUAGAGUAUAGCUAUAUAAGUCUGCCAAAAUGUAAGACUUUUUUCUUUUCUUUUUUUUUUCUUUUUUUUUUUUACUGUACAACAGAAAAAAAUAAUACCUGUUAUGUAAAUUGACAUAGACAUGUUAAAAGACAGAUAUAAACGUAGUCUAGGUGAGGAUUCAGUGAGCCCUUUUCUUAAAGUUGGUUCUUCUUCAUUAUUUGUAUUAAAUACGAGCUUGCGAACCAAUCAUUUUACACCUGUUCAAAACUUGGAGGGCACGAGGACCGUGGAGACACCCUUCUCCAGCUGAGGAACAACUUUAAUUGUGAUGUUACUUGUUCUUGUUUAAAUGUACAGAAAUAUUUGGGGGGUUACUGUGUUAAUAUGCAUUGUUCCACUGCGUUGUUUAUUUUAUUAUUUUUUUGUCAUUGUUUACCGUGGGAGGGCGGUGGAGGUGGGUUGGGGUGGGUAGACUCAGUUGGAGGAAUGUUUGGGGGACUGUUUUAAGGGUGGGUGGGAGGGUGGGUGAUUGUGGUAUACAAUACAAAAUGUCACAACGCUAGGACCAGUAGUAUUUAUUGCUUUAGAGAUUGCUUGUUGUAUCCUGUAUGUUGUCCCUUUUUCGAAAUAUUUUUCUUUUACUUAAUACAUUGUACAAAAUUUUUUUUAAUGUAAGCAACUUAUAUAUAUAUAUAAAUGAUCCAUUUUUACAAGGAGGUUUUGAAGUUGAAUUGUUUUGUUUUAACAUUUGUUUCUUUUGCUGAAGACCAGAGUUUCACCAACACAGUGUAGAUUCUCCAAAACAGAUGUAUGCACAACUUAAUUUCUAAAAGCAUAUCUAUAAGCCAUUUUUCAAUAGGAGAAAAGAAAACUUGAAACGGGGAUAGUGAAUACCGUGUCUUUAGUCAUUGGUUUUCAUCAUCGAAAGCCCAUCCUUUUUUUAACUGCAAGUUCAUCUCCACUGGACUGUAGAAUUGUGUACAGAUUUUCUGUGCCGAAAUUGUGCUAAUUCUCACUCCCCCUCUUACAAUGCUGUAGGUUUGUCAGGUUUUUUUUUUGUUUGUUUUUGUUUUGUUUUUUGUUUUUUUUUUCCCUCAACCAUACUUUGCUGUGACGUUACAUAGAUUGCUAUGUAUGUAGUAUAAAUGUUGCUAUAACAAAAUGUGUUUGGUAGCAGAUUGUCAAAUAUUAAAAUUUAAACUUAAUAAAAGACGGACAUCAUCAUACUGUAUAAACCCUCAAGGGCCAAAUGAUGUAUAUUAGGAGGUUCAUAAAAAAACUAUUAAAUAACACAAAAAAUACACAAACUGCCACUUUUAAGUACACUACUACAUAUAGGUAGAUAGAAAAAAUAGGCAUGUUGAUGUUGCAAGAAGCUGUAAAAAAGCUACAAGAGAAUCAUCCAUUCGGUGCCAUUGUAGUUGACAUGAUGCGACUGUAAGCCGUCAAUCUCUUCUCUGGUUUAUUAAGAUGCUAAUGAUGAAUAGUUUGAAUGUUUCCUUAACGGCUGUGAUGUUCCUGUUCUAUUUUAUGCUCUUAGCUUUUAUUUUUGUUUGCUUUAUUUUCUUUCUUUUUCUUUUUUUUUUUUUUUUUUUUUUUUUUCUUUUUUUUUUUUUGGUUUUUUAGUUAUUUGAAAUGGUUCCCAGACCAUGUUUUUUGUAAUGAAUAAAUGUUUAUGCUGUACAGUCUCUGUAGCAUGCAGUUCUGUAUUAAUAAAAGCGACUUAGUAUGUGCAGA